GCAGCCAACCGGGAGCCGCUUCCGCUGCCGUCAGCCCCGACACGUGGAUCCAAGAUGGCGGCGGCGACGGGAAGGCUCAGGUGUGCACAGCUGCUGCUGCUGCUGCUGCACGGGGCAGACUCCUUCUAUGUGCCUGGGGUGGCUCCCAUCAACUUCCACCGCAAUGAUCCUGUGGAAAUAAAGGCUGUGAAGCUCACCAGCUCGCGCACCCAGCUGCCCUACGAGUACUACUCCCUGCCCUUCUGCCAGCCCACCAAGAUCACCUACAAGGCUGAGAAUCUGGGCGAGGUUCUGCGGGGAGACCGAAUUGUCAACACGCCUUUCCAGGUUUCCAUGAACGUGGAGAAGAAAUGUGAAGUUCUGUGCAACUUGCCCAACAAGGCAGUCACCCUGACCGUGGAGCAGAGCAAGCUGAUCGCCGAGCGGAUCAGGGAAGAUUACUAUGUCCACCUCAUUGCUGACAACCUGCCUGUGGCAACACGGCUGGAGUUUUAUUCCAAUCGUGAGGAAGAGGAGAAGAAGAAGGAGAAGGAUGUGCAGUUUGAGCAUGGAUACAGGCUUGGCUUCAUGGAUGGUAACAAGUUCUACCUGCACAACCACCUCUCCUUCAUCCUGUACUACCACAGAGAGGAUGUGGAAGAGAACCAGGAGCCCACCUACAGGGUUGUGCGCUUCGAAGUGAUCCCCCAAAGUAUUAAACUAGAAGACUUGAAGGCUGAUGAGAAAAGCAUGUGCACCCUGCCUGAAGCUACAGCCUCUGCCCCCCAGGAGAUUGACCCUUCCAAAGAGAACCAGCUGCUCUUCACCUACUCUGUCCACUGGGAGGAAAGUGACAUCAAGUGGGCUUCCCGCUGGGACACCUACCUGACCAUGAGCGACGUGCAGAUCCACUGGUUUUCCAUCAUUAACUCGGUGGUGGUGGUCUUCUUCCUCUCAGGGAUUCUCAGCAUGAUCAUCAUCCGGACCCUCCGGAAGGACAUUGCCAACUACAACAAGGAAGAUGACAUAGAAGAUACUAUGGAGGAAUCUGGUUGGAAACUGGUGCAUGGAGAUGUCUUCAGGCCUCCACAGUAUCCUAUGAUCCUCAGCUCUCUCCUGGGUUCAGGAAUUCAGCUCUUCUGUAUGAUCCUGAUUGUCAUCUUUGUUGCCAUGCUGGGGAUGCUGUCCCCGUCCAGCCGGGGUGCCUUGAUGACAACUGCCUGCUUCCUCUUCAUGUUCAUGGGGGUUUUUGGUGGAUUCUUUGCUGGCCGCUUGUACCGGACUUUGAAAGGACACCGGUGGAAAAAGGGAGCCUUUUGUACAGCCACCCUCUACCCCGGCGUUGUCUUUGGCAUCUGCUUCGUCCUGAACUGCUUCAUCUGGGGGAAGCACUCCUCUGGAGCGGUGCCUUUCCCUACCAUGGUGGCCUUGCUCUGCAUGUGGUUUGGGAUCUCCUUGCCCCUGGUCUACCUGGGUUACUACUUCGGGUUUCGCAAGCAGCCGUAUGACAAUCCCGUGCGGACCAAUCAGAUUCCCAGGCAGAUCCCGGAGCAGAGGUGGUACAUGAAUAAAUUUGUUGGGAUCCUCAUGGCUGGCAUUCUGCCUUUUGGAGCCAUGUUCAUCGAGCUGUUCUUCAUUUUCAGUGCAAUCUGGGAGAACCAGUUCUAUUACCUCUUUGGCUUCCUCUUCCUGGUGUUUAUCAUCCUGGUGGUGUCUUGCUCCCAGAUCAGCAUUGUCAUGGUGUACUUCCAGCUCUGUGCUGAGGAUUACCGCUGGUGGUGGAGGACCUUCCUGGUGUCUGGAGGAUCUGCCUUCUAUGUGCUGAUCUACGCCAUCUUCUACUUUGUGAACAAGCUGGACAUUGUUGAGUUCAUUCCAUCCUUACUGUACUUUGGCUACACUGCCCUCAUGGUCCUGUCCUUCUGGCUCCUCACGGGCACCAUCGGCUUCUACGCAGCCUACAUGUUUGUGCGGAAGAUCUACGCUGCAGUGAAGAUAGACUGAAGCUGCAGAGACCCAGCAGAAAGCAGACACCUCUGAGUGCGUGUCCCUGGGGAGCUGAGGGGACAUCUUCUCGACUCCUUUAAGGAAGCAAAAAUCCAGUGGAAGAGUGACAAGAGAAAUAAAUAACUCCUCAUUCUGGAAUGUAACUUUGGCACAGUGUACAUGGAUUCUGGGCUACUUCUGGGGGGAAAAGGGGUCUGUAGAUACCUUACAUUUUAACUUUAUUAUCCUGUUCCGUAUUUGAGGGAGUUUUUUAGCAGAGAAAUAUCCUUCUGUGUAAGCAAAACCCCUUUUUGCUAAUUCAUCCUUUUUUUUUUUUUUUGUGUUGAUGACAAAAUGGAUUUGAGACAGCAGUGGAAACACUUAAGAAAACGUUUUCUUCCAGCCCGUGGGGUGCUCUAGGAUUCAGGGAGACUCUUCAGACAAAUCUCAGCCUGGUUUUCUUUCCUACCUUCGUGUCUGCACAGAAGAGGGAUCUUGACUCUGGCAGAAGGGACGGAUCCCGAGGCCGGUGCUGCCCUGACGUCCUGGCUUCAGCUCGUUUACAAUUUGAUGGAGGUGCCAAUUGGAGCCUGGAAGUGCAAUUUCAUCCUGGGAGAGCUGGAGAACAUCGGCAUCUCUUCUGCCUCCCUUCGGCCAAGGACAGCACGGGCUGCUCUGGUGCCCCCGCUGGAGGGGCUGGGGGAGGCUGGGAAUCCCUGCCCCGCGGAAGGUGCCGCGUCUGCUGGAGGCGCCGUGAUGGGGCAGGAGUGGCUGGGAGGACGAGCAGGGGCUGCACGGGUUUGCCCUGCCCAGAGCUCUGUGUGAGGCAACGGGACAGGCUUCCUGCCGGGAAUGCCAGCGGGAUGGUACGGAGGGGCAGGCUGUGCUGCCCUGCUCAGUGCCCAGCCAUCCGGGGCUGGGGACAGGGACAGGGACCUCUCUUGCUGCUCUCCUCUCCUCCUCUCAGAUUUUCUACCUCCAGGGCACAGAAAAGCGUCCCCCCCUCACUUGUGUUUUGUUCUUCCCCAGGGAAUGGUCCGAGCCCCCCGGGGUAGCUGGUGUGAGCUCUCCUGCACCAGGCUCCUCGUUCCCCAUGGUCUGGUUGCCUGAGUCAGCCCAUGGGAAGCUCUUCUUAAAAGAGGUUAAAGGGUUUUAUUUUGGUCACUUCAAUGUUGUUUACUAGUGAAAAGGUUCCAUGUUACAGUGAAGGCUCCAUCUGGCCCCAGAGCAGCUGGUUUCCAUUGGGGCUGCAGGAGAGAUGUUUUUUUGGUGAAAUUUAUGGAAAAUUUGCUUUUGCCUCUUGCUGUAGUAACUGUGGGGUCUCCAAGUGACCAGCUGCCACUGUCCAAAGCCCUCCCAGUCACCAGCACUGAUGGGCACCUUGAGGGGUUUGGGGCUUGGUUUUACCCCAGUUGCUGUAAGAGUUUCCACCAGGCCCAGACAAGGACGAGUGUCUCUUCCCACUGGCCUCGCUCCCUGCUGGAGCUGCCUUCCCGGGACUCCUUGGUCUCAGGUAUUUCCAGCCUUGUCUGACAGCUCUUGGGCUGCCCAGCAUGCCAAAGUCUAAUCAGCCAGGAAUCAAGGAUGGAAAAAAGGAGCAGGGGAUGUGAGCCAACUGUGCUGUGGAGUCCUGUGUCAGUUCUGAUUUAAGAUCCCUCUGAGAUUUUGGUUGAUUUUUCUCUUGCCCCUGCCCCAGUGGAGAGGCUCAGCCAGCAGUGACUUCUCUCCCUCCCCCGAAGUGUUUUCUCUGUAUCCUUUGUAAUUUUUAAUUAAUGUAUGUAUUCUUUGUGUCCUAAUGUAAAUAAAUCUGCCAUUGUCCUGUU